GACCCAGCUCCAUUCUGCGAUCGGCGGCAAGGGGGAUAAAGGGAAAACAAACCGGAAACAGUGGCAGCACGCGAUGCUAACACGUUUCUUUCUUUCUUUCUCGCUUCUUUCCUGUCAAAUCAAGAUCGAUUUAAAAAAGCCUGUUCGUUUGGUUUAAUUUAUGAACUUGAGCAUACAGUGUUCAUCCUGACUUGGAAGUCUCUCCGCUGUUACGUGCGUUUUAAAUGGUUUAACUUUUGAAUUGAGUCCCGGGGUCCUACGAAGCUAACGCAGUUAGCUUUAGCGAGACAUAACACGUGUUACCGGACUGUGUGUGAAAGAAAAUCUGCUGAGAGAUCUUGUGAAGAUGUCUAAAGUUCAUAUGAUGAGAGCUUUUGUAAACCAGCGACUGACUGAUGCUGCUGAAGAGAUAUUUGAUCUGUUUGAAAGAACGAUAGCAGAAUAUGAGGAGCAACUUCGUCGAUCAAAAGAGGAAAAUGAGCGACAACACAAACUGCUGGAUGCUGUUUUUAACCCUGAAGUCCGCUUACAGGGAUCAGACAUCCAGCUGCUGAUGGUGAGAAAAGAAGAGGUUCCCCUUGAGCAGGAGAGGGGCUCCAGUCUGAACCAUGAGGACUCACCAGAACCACCACACAUUAAAGAGGAACAGGAGGAACUCUGGAGCAGUCAGGAGAGAGAGCAGCUUCAAGGACCAGAGGAGGCUGAUAUCAGCAUGGUCACUUUCUUUCCUGUCCCUGUAAAAACUGAAGAAGAUGAUGGAGAGAAACCUCAGUCCCUACAGCUUCUUGAAAACCAAACUGAAGAAAGCAGAGACAUAGAGCAUUUGAAGACAGAAACUGAUGGAGAGGACUGUGGAGGAUCAGAACCAGACAGAGACUUUAAUCCAGACAGUCAUUUACAGCCAGUUUCUCCUGAAAACACUUCACUCCUUACUGGAUCUGAUACUGAUGAUAGUGGUGAUUGGGAGGAGAGUGAUGAACCUCAGGAAGGUUUAAACCCUCUGCAAAACAAAGACGUACCUGUAAAUGAUAUGAAAUGUAAUACUGGAAAUACAUCAGUUAGCUCGUCUGAAUGUGCUACAAGCUUUGGACAAAAGAAACAACUGCGAAAACAUGAUAGAAUCCACACUAGAGGGAAACGAUUUGGUUGCUCAGUUUGUGGUAAAAGAUUCAGCGGCAAUGUAGAUCUACAAAGACACUCUUUUGUCCACACGGGAGAGAAACCAUUAAGCUGUUCAGUUUGUGGUAAGAGAUUCUCACAUAGUGGAGACCUUAAUCGACACUCUGUUGUCCACACAGGGGAGAAACCGUUUAGUUGUAAACUUUGUGAGAAGAGAUUCACACAAAGCGGAACCCUUAAACAACACUCUGCUGUCCACACAGGGGAGAAACUGUUUAUUUGUGAAGUUUGUGGUAAGAGAUUCACACAUAAUGGAGACCUUAAACGACACUCUGCUGUCCACACAGGGGAGAAACUGUUUAGUUGUGAAGUUUGUGGUAAGAGAUUCACACAAAGUUGCGACCUUAAAAGACACUCUUCAGUCCACUCUGGGGAGAAACCGUUUAGUUGCAGUUUUUGCGAUAAGAGAUUUACACGACUUCACAGGGUCAAAACUCACAAGUGUGGGUCGCACAAGGCCUAGCAGUUAGGUCGUGCCCCUUGUACAGAGGUUCGAAGGCCCGGACGCACCAAGCAGACGGCAAAGAACUAAUGGUGAUGAAGGCCGACUGUGGCCGCGCAGACGCCGACCCACGCUGAUUUGACAUGUCAAAUCGGCUGUAAAAAGUCAGACGGGAGCCGACGGGUAGCGAUGGAGCCGGACACACCGCCAAAAACUAGAGCGACGCUCGACCGCCAGCGGUUCAACUAGCACCAAUGUCUGCCGAUCUCCUUGGUGUGUCAGGGCCUUUAGUCCUCCAAGGGGCCCGGGCUCAAGUCAGACCUGCGGCUCCGUUGCCUUUCUUCUCUCCCAUUUUCUGACUCUAUCCACUGUCCCAUGAA